CAGUCGAACUGACUGAGAAGCCUCUGUGAGCCUUUUUCACUUUCAUGGUUUCUCUUCGAAUUCUCAGAAGAACUCAUGAACUCCAACAGAAGCUAUUAUCGCCUGCUUCAAAUCCCAUUUCUAUCUUCUACACCCUCUUCUCUCUCAGAACACUCUCUUCCUACACUCACUAUGAUGACCCAUACUCCACAACUACCAUCACCACCGCCACCUCCACCACCUCCACCUCCAGCUCUUCCCAAUCUCAGUCUCUUGUCAGAACAAUCUGUGCAUUGGUAUGUCAGUCCUAUUCCCCACAAACCCAUCUGAGAUCAUCACCUCCCAAGCUCAACCUCGACUUAAAUGCUGAUUCUUUGACCAAUGAACAGGCUAUUUCUGUUGUUGCUUCACUGGCUGAAGAGGCUGGUUCCAUGGUGGCCUUGAGUUUCUUCUAUUGGGCAAUUGGGUUUCCCAAAUUUCGGUAUUUUAUGCGGCUUUAUAUAUUUUGUGCAAUGUCGUUAUUUGGGAAUGGUAAUUUGGAGAGAGCCCAUGAAGUGGUUCAUUGUAUGGUGAGGAAUUUUGCUGAGAUUGAGAGGUUGAAGGAGGCUGCCGAUAUGGUCUUUGAGAUGCAAAACCAAGGCCUUAUGUUGAGUACUCGAACGUUGAAUUGUGUUCUUGGGAUUGCCUGUGACUUGGGUUUGGUUGAGUAUGCAGAGAAUUUGUUUGAGGAAAUGUGCGUGAGAGGGGUGUCGCCUGAUUCUUUGAGCUAUAAGUCUAUGGUUGUUGGGUAUUGUAGGAACAGAAGAGUUUUGGAGGUGGAUAGGUGGUUGAGUAAGAUGCUUGAGAGAGGCUUUGUUUUGGAUAAUGUUACGUUUACUUUGAUUAUAAGUCUGUUUUGCGAAAAGAGUCUUGUAAGUCGAGCGUCUUGGUGCUUUGAUAAGAUGAUUCGGAUGGGUGUGAAGCCAAAUUUGAUUAAUUUCACAUCUUUGAUUCAUGGGUUGUGCCAGAGGGGCAGCAUUAAACAAGCAUUUGAAAUGUUGGAGGAAAUGGUUAGGAAAGGUUGGAAGCCUAAUGUGUAUACACAUACAGCUUUGAUUGACGGGCUCUGCAAGAAAGGUUGGACUGAAAGGGCAUUCAGGCUGUUUCUUAAGCUUGUCCGGAGCGAUAAUUACAAGCCAAAUGUACAUACAUAUACUGCCAUGAUCCGUGGAUAUUGCGAAGAAGACAAAAUGAGCCGUGCAGAGAUGUUAUUGAGCAGAAUGAAAGAACAAGGAUUAAUUCCUAACACCAAUACGUAUACUACUCUCGUUUCUGGGCAUUGCAAAGCUGGGAAUUUUGAUAGAGCAUAUGAAUUGAUGGAUAUAAUGGGAAAAGAAGGAUUCGCUCCUAAUAUCUGUACAUACAAUGCCGUUUUUGACAGCCUCUGUAAAAAGGGGAGGGUUCAAGAGGCAUAUAAAUUGAUUAAGAAGGGCUUUCGCCGAGGACUGGAAGCUGACAGGGUCACGUAUACCAUUUUCAUAUCUGAGCACUGCAAAAGGGGUGAUAUUAACGGGGCCCUGGUGUUUUUUAACAAGAUGCUCAAGGUUGGUUUGCAGCCUGAUAUGCAUUCGUAUACCACUUUGAUUGCUGCCUUCUGUAGGCAAAAGAAAAUGAAAGAAAGCGAGAAAUUUUUUGAGUUAUCUGUAAGGCUUGGCUCUAUUCCCACCAAGGAAACCUAUACUUCAAUGAUAUGCGGCUACUGUCGGGAUGAAAAUAUUGCCUUGGCCGUUAAGUUUUUCCGUAGGAUGGGUGACCAUGGUUGUGCCCCAGAUAGUUUUACGUAUGGUGCUCUAAUAAGCGGGCUCUGCAAGGAGGAGAAAUUGGAAGAGGCUCGUAGGUUAUAUGAUACCAUGAUGGACAAAGGGCUGUCGCCCUGUGAAGUUACUAGGUUGACAUUAGCUUACAAGUACUGCAAAAAAGAUGACUCUGCAGCUGCUAUGGUUUUAUUGGAAAGGCUAGAGAAGAAGCUCUGGAUCCGCACAGUGAAUACAUUGGUGAGGAAGCUUUGUAGCGAGAAGAAAGUGGGCAUCGCGGCAUUGUUCUUUCAUAAAUUAGUGGACAAGGAUCAGAAUGUGGAUCGUGUAACAUUGGCGGCGUUUAAGACUGCAUGCUAUGAGAGCAACAAGUACGCUCUUGUUUCGGAUUUGACUGAGAGGAUCUCUAAAGGAAUUGGCUAGCAGCUGAAAUAUACUGACAAAUGGCUCACAUAAUUUGCUGGUCUUGAACUUGUGCAGCAGGUGCCAAUGCCAUGACUGUCUUCAAAAGGGCUCGAGUCUUUAUGUCAAUUUCAUUGGUGAGCAACCAGCAUGCUAAGCCAGUGAUUCUUUUUGUGCUUUGAGGAGCUUUGUUGUAACUCAAAACUGCAAUUUCAUAACAGUUAAUAUUCCAACUGUAAUUGAAGAGGGGGGAUAUUUCUGCCAUGCAAUCUUCUUGGAUAUCUCUUGAUGAGUUAAGUUGGAGGAGGGUUUAUUUUCUUUA